AUGCGCCUGAUCUCUCACCAUGACCUGAACGGCUAUGGCAAUAUCGGCGAGGGCGUUCACCUGCACCAGACCCGUGACGGCCGCCGCGUCCUUUAUUUGGCCCAUGAAAGCGCACCCAAAGACAUCACCAGCGUUGACGUCACCGACAUCGGCAACCCGAAGGUACUGGCUCAGACCGAGUUGGCUUACGGUCAUCUCCGCUCCAACUCGCUGUCCAUCGUGGACGACACCAUGUUGGUGGCCUACCAGUCCCUGGAGCCAGGUCAGCCUGGCACGGGUAUGGGCGUGUACAACAUCAGCAACCCGGAGGAGCCGCAGCAGGUUGGUUUCAUGGAUCUGGGCGGCGAAUACUCCCGCGGCUGCCACUGCCUCUGGUGGGCGGAGGGCAACUAUGCCCAUCUUUCCACCGGCGCCGCUGACUUCCAGCCCCGCAAUCAGAAGGACGAUCAGUUCUACAUGAUUGUGGACGUUUCCGACCCCACUUCGCCGAAGGAAACCGGGCGCUGGUGGUUCCCAGGCACCAGGGAAGGCGACGCGGAGCCCAUGCCGGCCCGCCAUCCCCAGUUCGACGCCGGUCACCGCUUGCACAACGGCAACGUCUAUCCGGAGCGGCCGGACCGGGCCUACUGUGCCUACAUGGACUCCGGAGUUAUGAUCCUGGACAUUGAAGACAAGUCCAAUCCCAAGAUGAUCAGCCACAUCAACUAUGCCCCGCCAUUCCCCGGAUUCACUCACACCGUUUUGCCCCUGUUUAAUCGUGACCUGAUGCUGGUGACCCAGGAGGCGGUACGGGUGGGUGGCGAGGACUACCCCAAGCUGAUGUGGAUGAUGGAUAUCCGUGACGAGACUAACCCCGUCAUAAUCAGCACACUGCCCAUGCCGGACACCGAUGACUUCUUCAACCGGCCCGGCAGGUUUGGCGCCCACAACGUGUACGAGAAUCAGCCCGGGCCCACCUGUUUCUUCUCCGACACCCUGAUCUUCGCAACCCUGUUCAACGCCGGGGUGCGAGUGUACGACACCAGCGACCCCUUCCGGCCGGAAGAGGUGGCCUACUUUGUACCAGAGAUUCCCGAGGGGGCUGCUUCCAACGGUAUCAACGACGUGUACGUGGACGAGAAUGGCAUUAUGUACGUUGUUGACCGGCUGAAGGGCGGAUUGUACAUUCUCGAGUUGAACGUCUAG